CGUAUUAUUCCAGCAAGACUGAAUUACAAUUAGGAUGGUUGGAACAGGCAACUGCAGGAACGACGGUUUAGCUUUUCAAGUCCCAGUUGAACUUUAUGGUGCGGAAGUAGAGGAGACAAAUAGUAUGGGGGGCCGCAAGGGUUACUGCGUGAUCACAUUGGCGCCCAAGACUCCCGACCGAGAGAAUGAGCACCGCUCAAGCCCGAUUCUUCAAACCUCAGGUUGACU